AUUUAGUUAAUUUAAAUUAUAAUGAACAAUUUUUUUCCUUUUGUUAAUAAUAACUUGUUAAUACACUUAUGAAUCUAAUGCAUAUAUGUUUUUUAUAAAGUAUAAUGAAUAUCUCAAGAUUAUUGUCUUAUGAAUAUUUCUUCAAUUUUAAGUUACCAAACAAUUUUUAUGGCUCUAUUCACAAUGAUCAAUAUCAAUGCAUCAAAAUUAGUCUAUAUGAAAUGUGAUGUUAGUAUUUUACUGAUUACCUUUGUAUAGUAUGGGCUGUAGCCCAAGCCAUUUUGGACUAUCAUACUUAAAAAAGACCAAGAAGAAAAAAAAUAAGUCUAAAGAUUCAGAUGAAGAAAAAAGCGAUGGAAGUAUGUAUGAAAAUCAAAAUAUAGAACAAAUACAGUUGACAAGUACACCUUCUAUAAAUAAUUUGUGUGGAAUAUCUGAAUUUGAAGAUAGUAGUCCUUUACAACAAAGAAUAUCUGGUAUACAGAAUUCUACUUCCUUAUUUAUUAAUUCACAAUUAUCUACUAGCCAGCUUAAUUUUUUCAAAAUGUUGGAUGAAAAAAUAGAAAUGGGAUCUGAUUAUAUUCAAUCUAUUGAAGAACUACAAUUAGAAAAAAUGCAUCGAACACAAGCAAUGUUAGUGAAAUGGGAACAAGCCAGAGUUCAAAAUUCUCCUAAAUCUUAUUUAAAAAAUCAAUCAAAUUUCUUACAUAAUACACUGACACAAGGUUCUAAUUCAAUUAUCCAAUUUGAUCAAGAACAAUAUGCAUUUCAUACUGAAUUAAUAUAAUUGAACUAUACUAAAUGUCAACACAAGAAAGUGUAAGUCUUGCUGUUCUUAAUAUCUUAAAUAUUGUUUUAAGUAUAGUCAAUACAGUGAAUGCAAUGGAUAAUAAAUAAAUAAAG